AUGCUUCUCUGGGUCGUGUUCGGAAUAGUUGCUGUGUUCGCAUCAGGAGAAGGCUCAAAAAUGGCUGUCCGGGUGUACUCUGAGAAGCAGGCUUAUGCCACAGGCACAGAAAUCACCUUCCUGGCCAUGACUGAGGUGCCCAACCCUCUGGAGUUCCAAUGGGACUUUGGGAACAGACAACCUGUCCGAACAACCUCAAGAUCCAUCACCAAAAAAUUCCAUCUUCCUAAAAGGUACAAUAUCUCGGUUGGAGUGUUGAGUGGGAAAACUGCUACAGUUUCGGAUGCGUAUGCUGUGGUUGUCCAGAGGGCCAUUAAACCCAACAAGCUUCAGUUUCAGUCCUCAGUUCUCGUAAAUACAACGGUGGACUUCACAUGCGGAGUCAGUGCUGGGAGCGAUGUUUCUUACCUUUGGAGCUUUGGUGAUGGGACCACACAAUAUGGGAGGAGAGCUGAACAGCACGUAUUUGACAGACUAGGGGAGUUUGUGGUUGAGGUGACGAUGCACAACCUGGUGAGCUCUGCCUCUCUGAAGGGCCACAUAUUUGUCACCAGUAAACAAUGUCUUCCUCCGGCAGUGAAGAACAUGGGCCCAAAUAAAAUACAGGUGCAGCGCUAUCAGUCUGUGAGUCUGGCCGUGACCUACGAGGUCGCUGAGAUCCAGUGUGACGUGUCCCAGGGACUGCAGUACUCAUGGGUGGCCUAUGACUCCAGAGGGAGCGAAAUCCAGCUUGCUUCAGUUGAGACACACAAACAAAACAUUGAGCUCCCAGCGUUCUUCCUUCAUUAUGGCAUUUACAGAGUUGUAGCCAAGGUGCAGAUAAUGGGACGGGUGGUGUACAGCAAUUACUCCGUCAGUGUGGAGGUGGUGCCCAGCCCUCCGAUUAGCGUCAUUCAGGGAGCCACCAACCUCUUCAUCAGUCGCCAUGACAACGCCUUAAUCACCCUGAAUGGAGAGCAAUCACAUGACCCUGAUUUCCCCCAGAUCCCACUAAGCUAUGGCUGGUGCUGCAGGCCGCUGAGCAGAAGAGAGGGCCGGUGCUUCCUGGAGGACGUCCCCGCAUCUCUCCCUCAGCUGCUCUUCUCACCGCGGGAUCUGAACCCCGCCUUCGACCAGUUUCAGUUCACGCUGACCGUGCAGAGUGGACGCCGCUCGUCCUCGUCUGACAUGUUUGUGACGAUCGCGCCCAACACCAUUAGGAGGCUUCAGAUUAACUGUGCUCUCUGCCAGAGGAACGGGGUGAACUGGAAUGAGCAGUUUUCUGCUGAAGCGUUCUUUGAGAACGAGACAUUUGUGUCUGAGGACGUUGUGUUUUCUUGGGAGCUGUACAUAGUGAAUGGUACCCAUGGAGGUGUCAGUGAAGAGUACCCUGAAGUCCCUGAUGCCACGCCGUCCCAUUCCACUGGCAGCGGGGGGGGUCCACGUGUGCCCACCGCCAGGAGGGAGCCGCAGCAUACACAUGGGCACUCACCUGCCCCUUCCUACCCAUGGGGCAGCGGGGAGGAUGGUGAGACGCUGGCGAGCUGGGGCAGUGAUGAGGAAGGUGAGGAGCUGGCGAGCUGGGUCGGUGAUGAGGAAGGUGAGGAGCUGUCGAGCCGGGGCAGAGAUGAAGAGGACGAGGCAUUGGCGAGCUGGGGCAGCGGUGAUGAAGAGGGCGAGGGGCUGGCGAGCUGGGUUGGUGAUGAAGAGGGCGAGGAGCUGGCGAGCCGGGGCGGAUGGAGGACGGAAGGCGAGCGUGAGGAAGCGCAGACGCUGCCCGCUGACCAGCCUGAUGAAGUGCCCCGACAUUUAGGUGAUGUGUGGAAUGCCCACGAUGCCUCAGACGCAGUGCUGGUGGGCAAGACUGACGGGCAUCUCUCUGGGUUCCCUGUGACGGAUGGGCAUCUCUCUGGGUUCCCUGUGACGGAUGGGCACCUCUCUGGGUUCCCUGUGCUCUUUGAGGAGGGAGGUGGUGGUGCCCCAGCUGAGAACAUCUCUGAUCUGCCUUUAACCGGAGAGCGCGACGGAGCGUCCGGAGGGACAGGCGUGGGUUUGGGCUGGGAGAGUGGAGGCAGAGACCUCCUGCCUGAGCCCGACCCUCCUGAGGAGAGCUUUCUGAUGGACUCCAAGCGCCCUGCUCUGGCCGUAGCAGAGAAGACUCUGCUGGAACUGCAGAGAGAGCGCAUUGAUCCUGCAGUGCUGGAGUCUUACUCUGUAGCAGGAAUUUCUUCAUCUGUCAUCACGCUGAAACCUUACUCACUGAGACCCAACAGCCUCUACAUGCUCACGGUGACUGCAAGCGAGCGGCAGACGGCGGUGGGGAAGUCCCAGCUGCUCGUCACCACGCACGCCGCCCCUGAGGGAACGGCCUGUCUGGUCCGACCCAGCGAGGGACUCGAGCUGCACACACACUUCAGCGUCUUCUGUGCGUCUGGAAAAGAGGACCUACUCUAUCAGUACAGCUAUACUGUGGGCAACAGCCCUGCAGUUGUUUUGUAUGAGGGACGAGAUUUCCAGCAUUAUUUUCACCUGCCAUCUGGAGGUCCUGAAGAUGCCUAUACAGUUACCAUCUCCACUGUGAUAGAGAAUAAAUACGGGGCGACGACUGGAGCAUGCUCAGCUAGCGUGAAGGUUCUUCCCCGUUUCCACAGAAACGCGGCCCUGCCUCACACCCCGGAGCGGGACCUACUCUCGUACGCCACACAGAACCUCUCCGUGCUCGCGCAGACGGGCAGCGCCAGGGACGUCCAGAACUCCGUGCGCCUGCUGACGGGGGUGCUCGGCAGGCUGCGGCGGGAGCCAGCGUCCUCGCACGAGCUGCUUGUGGCUACCCACAAUGCACUUGUGACGACGCUUUGCAGUCUGCCUCUGAGGGAUGAGGUGACUUUGGACAGUGCCAAGCUGGUUAUCGAGCACAUUCAGGAGAUAUCUGCCCUGUUUCCAAAGGAGAGUGUGUCUGGAGGUUUCCAUUCUCUGGAGACGGGGAUUAUUAAUGCAUUAAUUGCUGCGCUGUCCCUCACCCUGACAGCCUUGCGUCACUUCUCCCAGCAAGGCAUUGGUCUCACCUCCGACAUCCUUCACACAGUCACAGAUCUGUCUCUGGCUGUGCGGGCCCCAGAGGUCACGCUGUUGCGCGGGGAGGUGAACGUGCACCACUUCAACGCGACCUCUGACCUCCUGCACCAGGCCCUCCACGUAUCCGUGGCGCUCAGACGUCCUGCCAAUCAAACGUUUCCCAUCAUGCUCCUCUUCAGGAUGUCAGAGAGGCCUACUCCUGUUCUGUACAGCGUGAAGAAGAUUCACACGUGGGACGGAGACGCAGUUCACAUGUUCAUCCCUUCAUCUCAUCUGCACGGUGGUGCCACUGGAUACGUCUCCAUCCUCAACGCAGACUACGGAAAAACAUCCAGGAAUAAGUAUGUUGCUCCGUCUGUGAACUACACCCUUCAGAUUGAAUCUGUGUGCUGCCUCUCCUGGGAUGGACGGAGCGAGUGGACCCACACACUCUGCACAGCCCAGUCUGGGUCAUCCCGUCUCAGAGUCAGCUGCAGUUGCCGCCACCUCUCCCCACUCACAGUGGCGUACCGAGCUGUGCAGAGCCACGUUGAUGUUGGUGAUGCUGCUGCGUUCGCCAUGCCCUCCAAUAGCCUGACUCCGAGCUGGGUUAUGGCGUUGUCCCUGCUCGUGUACGCUGUGGUGCUCGUGGUGUGCAAGCGUGCCGACGGCCGUCGUGAGUGGAGCGACUCGCCGCACAUCCUGCCAGACGUCUCGCCGCACGGCCGCCAGCUGUACUCCGUCACCGUGGACACAGGCCUGCGCUCGCGCGCCAGCAUGACAGCCAAGGUUUAUCUUGUGCUGUAUGGAGAGGAAGGAGUGUCCGAGACCAAAGAGCUUUACAUCCCAGAGAGGUCCCUUUUUGCAAGGAAUUCCAAAGACACGUUUAUUCUGAGCGCGGCGGAGAGGCUGGGGCCCAUCUGGAGGCUGCGGCUCUGGCACGACAGCGCUGGCCCGUCCCCCAGCUGGUACGUCAGCCGCGUGCUGGUGAGGGAGCUUCCGAGCGGGAGCAGCCGGGUGCUGGUGAGGGAGCUUCCGAGCGGGAGCGGGAGCGGGAGCGGGAGCGGGAGCGGGAGCAGCUGGCUCUUCCUCGGGGAGUGCUGGCUGGCCGUUGACGAGCAGGACGGGAGAGUGGAGAGGAAACUCACCGUCUGCAAACAAGGACUGGGGUUCGGAAAGCUCCUCUACAUGAAGCUGACGGAGUGCCUGGAGGACCUCCACCCGUGGUUCUCCGUGUUGUGCUGUGCUCCUGGCGGCGUCUCCACGCGUGUGCAGCGGCUGGCCAACUCUUUAGAGCAGGGGCUGAUGGACGUCUCCAUGGCGACGGGGCUGCGGAGUGCGCUGGCCGUGCUGCCGGCGGGGGUUCUGAUCUCGCUGCUCUUCCGUCUCGCACAGGUCAGUGUUCCGUCUCGCACAGGUCAGUGUUCCGUCUCCGACAGGUCAGUGUUCCGUCUCGCACAGGUCAGUGUUCCGUCUCACACGGGUCAGUGUUCCGUCUCCGACAGGUCAGUGUUCCGCCUCGCACAGCAUAACACUGGCUGGCUUGGAGAUGCUGCAGCUUCAGUGGAUCCCCACAAGAGGGCGCCGGGAACCCCUGAUUCUAUCGCAGUAAGCUUUGAUGGAAGCAAGAUGCCAAAUGAGAACUUCAAAGACUUCAGCCGGCGAAACCUUCAGAGCAGCCCCUCGUACCCCUCAGUACUGACAGGAAUCCUUGGCCUCAAGUUCAGCCCCAUGAAGAGUCUGCUGUGGACGUACUCUCUGCUCUUCUCUCUCCUCACCGGUGCCUUUGUUAUCUACCCAGCACUGGUGGUACGCGCUCGCCAGAGGGUUCGUUACCUGCGUCUCGUGCGUCCGCCGACACCAGAUCAGCUGAGACACACCCUCAAGCGUCUGAGGAAAAGCACUCUCAUACGCAGAUUCCUCAGGUCCGCAGCUCACGCUACUCUAACUCGUUUGAAAGCCUCCGACUGGCUCGGUGGGCGCACGUGUGCAGUGGCCGCUCAGUUCGUCCUGUACCACCCCCCCAGCGGCCUCUUCAGCACGGUCACUCUGCUGGCGGAGCGGGGCCUCGCUGGGGUCCUACAGCCCAGAGCUGGCGUGCGGUCCACCAGGCUACUGCUGGACACAGGUGCCCUUGACUGUGCCAGCGUGACCGCUGAGUUACUCUUCUUCUUCAUUGUGAUGGCUCAAAUGAUUUUCCAAAUAUGGAUCAUCUGUCAGAAUGGACUGCUCCCUUACUGUCUAGACUUGAGAAAUUGGCUUGAGGGAGGCAUCAUUUUGAUGAGCAUUCUUUACUAUAUUUGUUUUGCUUAUCACUUCACACUGAAGUCAGAAAAAAUUGACCAAAUGUUGAGGGAGGACUUCAAAGUGUUCAUGGAUUUGGAAAACGUCACAUUUUGGGAGGAGCUGAGCGUAUCCCUCCACGGAGUCCUUUCCUUUCUCUUCUCAUUCAAAAGCCUUUUUAUUCUGGGGAUGAAUGAAACCAUGUGUUUGCCUCUGCGUGCACUGAGGACUGUGCUCUCCAACCUAACCUGGCCAAUGACGGCAGGAGCCAUCCUCACCAUGGCCCUGUCCUCCAUGGGCUGUCUUCUCCACCGCUCCUCCCACGCCUACAGCAGUCCGCUCAGAUCCGCCAGAACUGUGCUGGCGUACAGUAUUGGACCCAGAGGAUUCAAUAAAUGGUUUGAGUUGAAGCGCUCCAGCUGCAUCUACAGCCUUCUCUUCCUUGGGUCUUUGAUUUGUGUUAUCAAGUUGGCAUGGACUGCUGUGUUAAAGGGAAUGGUAACCUCACUUGUAAAAAUGAAACAGAGAACCAUAAAGAAGAAACAAUUUCUUACUAUGCCUGAGCUUGGACAUUACAUACAAAAUAAAUUGUUCACUCUGGUUGGAAAAAGCAGAACAAACUGGACAGAAGAUCAUCAUUUUGGAAGUAAUGCAAAUAGCUUUUGUUUGGAGGAGUUUGAAGACCUUGUGGAUGAGCUUUUGUUCAAGCUCAGUGCUUUCUCCAACAGCCUUCACCACACACUACCCAGUAAAGACCCCGUGUCCCAGAGCCCCAUGUCUAUGCUGUCUGGGCAGAGCAGCAGCUUUGAAUCAGAGGUUAAGGCUUCACUGCAGGACCACCCACUCACGGAGGACUUCAUGAUGCCACCAAUCGAGCAGUCGGACAAAUACGAAAGUGGUCAAAAGAUUGCUUUCACCGGAGACGUGUACAACAGAUGGACUGACAUUGCAAAAUAA